ACAUCUAUCCAUCCAUCACGUAAAAUUGCAACAUGGCGAACGCAGGCCGAUGGAAAGCUGGUGCGAACCCCUUUUUGGAAGACGAUUCCGAAGAUGUGGACGACUUCACGUUCCUCAGCCGCUCUAAGCCGAGCGGCCCGGGCUUCUCGUCCAGCAGGCAACAGAAUUCUAUAAACCAGGAAUGGGAACAGCGGCGGGAUCAGCUGCUCGCGGAGCGCCGACAGCUGGAAGACCGAAUACUCGACAAGUCGGACUCUGCGGUACGAGUCAUGUACGACACCGAACAAGUUGGGAUCGCCACUGCCGAGGAACUAGCGCACCAAGGGGAGCAACUUAAAAAUGUGGACCGAAGACUGGACAACAUUAAUACCAACAUGAAGACGAGCCAGAAGCACCUCAACUCAAUGAAGAGCGUUUUCGGAAGCAUCAAGAGUUAUUUCCGCGGCGGGAACAACGCGGAUGCCUCCCGAAAUGCUGGAGCAGCCGCUCCAUUUGUUGACGAGGAGGAAGAGGAGAAGCCAGUCACGGAGCUGGAGAAGACACUGCAGAAGGUGAAGCUGGACGGCAGCAACUCGGCCAGGCAGCGGGGACCCCACCCCGGCCUGCGGAUUCGGGGCGUCGACACGUCCGGCUUUGCGGCCGGAUUCCAAGACGACCGGGGCGACCUCGUGGCGGCCAAGCCGCAGCCGUCUGCGGGCUACGGGAGCCGCACUGCCGAAGUGGAACAGAAACUGGACUCAAACCUGGCCGAGCUGGACAGCGGCCUGGGGCGGCUCAAGUGCCUGGCCAAGGGCCUGGGCAAGGAACUGGAUGACCAGAUGGAGCUUCUGGACGGCCUGACGGACAAGACGGACCUGGCUGAGGGCGCCAUCGUGCACCAGAACAGCCAGAUACGGCGCAUCCUCAAGAAGUGAGGAAGCACAGGCCGCUCGCCCGGACGGCAGGGGCAGCAGCGGCGGAGGAACCCCGACACGACCCGGGGAGCGACGAGGAAGAAGACGGUCGUCCGAGUUUCCUGCUGCUGCGGGUGGAGCCUCGGCAUCGGCUGGUCUCGUCGCCAGUAGGAGAGGGCGGUAUUUAUUGGGGGAGACGGUCCACAAGCACGAGUGAGUGGCAAUAAAGGCAGGUUCACACGUA